AUGAUUGGGAGCCGUAGGAAAUACAUAUAUCUUUCAAAUGCAUACACCAAUAAUCCCCUAUCAAUGUGUAUGCAUAAGCUGAACAAAUUUUGUUCAGCGAUUCCAGCUGCAAUCGUUUUUCUAAUUAUCAUAUGGUCAUAUUAUGUGAUCAUGUUUGUGAUAUUUCAAGAUUUAUUGGUUGGUGCUUACCUGAAGAUUCUAUUCAUUCCAUAUCACGCUAUAUUAAUCUUAUUUCUUUUGUCUUUCUGGAAAUCAACUCACGCUGAAGUAACUACAAUACCAAAAAAAUUCUGUCUUACAGCUAAUGAAACAAAAUAUUUUAUAGAAUUAGAAAAUGAAAAUGAUCGUUCAGCAUAUUUAAAUCAUUUAAUUAAUAUAAAACAAUUACCUGUAAUUACUGUUGGCAAGACGUACAAUCCACAGUUUUGUGAUAUAUGCUUUCUAUUGAAACCAGAUCGUACACAUCAUUGUUCAAGUUGUAUGAGAUGUGUUCCGAAAAUGGAUCAUCAUUGUCCUUGGAUAAAUAAUUGUGUUGGUUACCAUAAUUACAAAUAUUUCAGUUUAUUUGUCUUCUACGGUUUCAUAUAUUGUAUACUAUGUCUCUCAACUGCCUUGCCUUAUUUCCUAAAGUAUGUAAAGGUUCAUCAUGCCAAUGAUAGUGAUAAACACACUUGGAGUUUAUUCAGUGCAUUUAUGGUGUCACUUUUAUCAGCUGUAUUUGCGCUGGCUUUGUCAAUUCUUCUACUUUUUCAUAUGUAUCUGCUUUUCAAAAACAAGUCUACGUUAGAACACUUUCGCCGACCAAAUUUUCGUGAUAAACAUAGUUAUACGCGUGGUUUUGAUCUUGGAUGGAAGGAGAAUUUCCUUGAAGUUUUUGGUGAUAAAAUUAUGCGUUGGCCAUUUCCUGUAUUUUCAAGUAAAGGAGAUGGAGUGUCUUUCAGAAUCGAACAAAGUUCAACUCAUCAACGCUAUUCACCAAUACUUUCAGAAGUCUAG